UUCCCCCACUUCUCUCCAAUUGGCCAUUUUUUUGAUUUUUUCAAUUUCCACCACCAGCUCCAGCUGCAGGGAUGUAACUCUCACAGUUUCUGCAACUUUUUCUCCGCCAUUUCUGUACUAUUAAGCUCUACUGCCCACAUACCCAUCCUCUCAAAUCUUUUUUUUUUCUCUCUCUAGUCUAGGCUAAUUUCUCUUGUGGUGAAAAGUGGGCGGCGGAACGAGGCCUUCAUCUAUUGUUUUUCUCCCCUCUUUCUUGAUUGUUUCUUGCUCGUACACAGAUGCCCAUUUAGAUUUCAGAUGAAUUAUCUUCUUACAGUGAAGCUCCGAACAAAGUCUUGUGUGUGUUUUUCCUUUCGUAAUUUUUUGGGCCCAUCGACUUGGUUUUGGUAAUCUGUAAGUAGAUCUCCGAAUCCCCAACUCUAGGCGAGUUUCCUUCUUUCUGUAGUUGGAUUUUAGGGGUGUCGGCUCUGUCAAAUUUAGCCUGGAGUUUUUUUAUUUUUUAAUUUUAAUUUUUAGGUUUUCUGUUGGAUAUUUAUCCAAGAUUGUACCUUUUUAGUUUAUAUAAUUCCUACGGUGAGGCAGUGAGGUACUUCUUUGGGCGAUUUCUUGUGGGUUUCUCGUUUUGAUAAUUUUUUUCCAAAUUAGGGUUUUCAGCAAGAUUGUGAUGACUGCUGCUGCUAAAUCUUAGUUCUCCUUAAAAAGGGUUCUUUAGCUGUCAACUAUGGCUGCAAGUGAGCACUAUUUUGUGGAGUGGAAAGAGCAGUAUGUAUCGAAAGAGAGGGGAAACCGCGUUGUUCACUAUUUUCUGAAGGAUAAUUCAGGGGAGUCAAUUCUUGCUGUUGUGGGUACCGAGAGGAGUGUUAGGCACAUGUUCUAUGUUGUAUCCGAUGAGUUCUUUAGCGCACACGGGGCUGAUAAUUCAGUCCACGCUGGAUUCAGGUGGAGAUCGAGGAGAGAGGUUGUGAAUUGGCUUACUUCAAUGCUGUCUAAACAACAUAGGCACGGAGAUUACGCGAUGUCACUUAAAGAUGACCCUACUUCUGAAGUAAACGCUCUGCUAUCACAGAAGCCACCUCAUAAGGACCACUUAACGAGGAAUCUGAGGGGCGUUAAUUUGGAGAUUUCGUGGUCAGGUUCGCCAUGGUCUUGUGGUAAACAACUAAAGCAUUAUCCGUCAUUUCGCCGUAACGGAAUUUCUAUAGCAGUACAAUCAUUCGUAUUUGUAAUGGCUGAAAAGGAGAACAGGUACAUUGCAUACUUAGAGGACAUGUACGAAGACAGAAAGUGCCAGAAAAAAGUCAAAGUUCGAUGGUUUCACCAUAAUCGAGAAGUCAAGGGAGUCGUUUCUUUACGCAAUCCUCAUCCAAAAGAAGUCUUCAUCACUCCGUACAUCCAGGUCAUCAGUGCAGAAUGUGUUGAUGGGCCCGCUGUAGUAUUAACCCGCGAACACUACGAGAAAUGCCUUGCAGUUUUUCCGCAUGAUUUGUUAGGCGGUGUCCACUUUUGUUCUAGACAAUUCAAGAGCAGCAGAAUAAAGCCCUUCAAAUUAAGCAAGCUGCGUGGAUAUUCCGAUCAGCCGAUUUUCUCGUGCUUUAAUCCCGAUUUUUUCGAGGAGGAGGAAGAAGAGUUCAGCUCUGAGGGUGAACAGAAAGUGGGAGCUAAGAGGAAAUCGAGCUUCAAAGAGCGUCGUAAUUUAUCGUACAAAAAAUACGGGCUUGUGAGAAGGGAGCCGAAUUUUCUCAAGAAUGGUUCCGUUUUUACACCGAAUGAGAAAGUGGAAUUCCUUUGUCAAGACAGUGGUAUUCGUGGCUGUUGGUUCAAAUGCACUGUUUUAGAGGUUUCGAAGAGACAGAUCAAGAUUCUGUACGAUGAUGUAAAGGAUGAAGAUAGUUGCACUAACCUUGAGGAAUGGGUUCCUAUAUAUAGAGUGGCCAAGGGCGAUAAACUAGGGAUGAGAAACGGGGCCCGCCCAACUGUGAGGCCCGCCUAUACUUGCAAAAAGACAAUUUUAACCUUUGAGAUCGGGGAUGCAGCCGAUGCGUGGUGGAGUGAUGGUUGGUGGGAAGGGGUCGUUUCUGGCAAUAGCGAAUGUAAAAACGGAAUUUAUCAAAUUUAUAUUCCAGGUGAAAAUUUGUAUUUGAAUAUUGAGGUAAAGAAUCUGAGAGUUUCGAGGGAUUGGAUUGGAGAUAGAUGGGUGGAUGUCGAGCGGAACCCUAAUAUUCUUUCAGUCAUAGCUGCAAUUAGUGCAGACACCAAAAUCUCCACAAUAUCCAAGUCUGGUGAUUCUCCGAAUUCGUGUCAUAAAAUUGCCAGCUGUCACAAACUCAGUGCCGUCGUCGAAGAGGAGAUUGACGACUUGGCUGGCAUGACACUGACUAAUGUGCCUUUGGAAGACGACUGCACUAAUAACGAGCAGCAAAGAGUGUUUGAAGCAGAAGACGACGAAUACUAUGCUAACUGUGUUAAUCAAGAAGAGAAUAUUAACAACAAUGGCAGCAAAAACGACGAUGGUAAUAAGGUAACGAGUGUGGAAGAGGGGGAUCUCGUCGAAUGCGAGAUAGCUGAGAUGAAUUGCGAAGUCGACGAAAUGGAUAUGCUAAUGGAAUAUUGAUCGAAUAAAUUUUAGCGGCGCGUUUUUUUUUUUAAUUUAAUUAAUGGUAGUUUUGAGUAAAAAUAUCGACGGGGUAGUAAGGAGUAGUUUUGUACAUGGAAGAUAGGUGGCGGUGUGUCUAUUGUAAGUUUGCUAUUCGUUCGGUGAAAUUUCUCUGAUGUACAGAAACGGGGUUCGAAGAUGGUCCAAUCACGUAAUUCGCCCUAUUUUUAUGUGUCUGUAUGAUGAAAAACUCAUUGGUCUGUUUUAUUAAUAGUAUUUUCCCUUUCCUA